AUGAUGGAGCAGCCGCGCCGCGUUUAUUCCCAGCCGCUGCUGGAUGACAAACAGUUCGCCAAGCUGCACACCAAGGCGAAUCUGAAGAAAUUCAUGGAAUACGUGCAGAUGCUGAACUCGGAGAAGGUUUGCAGGCUGCUGGAGAAGGGGCUGGAUCCCAACUUCCACGAUCCCGACACCGGAGAGUGCCCGCUGACGGCGGCGGCGCAGCUGGAGCUCAGCACAGACAUGAUCAAAGCGCUCCGCAACGGCGGCGCCCACCUGGAUUUCCGGACCCGCGAGGGAAUGACGGCGCUGCACAAAGCCGUGAGGUGUCGGAAUCACGCGGCCCUGCUGACUCUGCUGGAUCUGGGAGCCUCCCCGGACUACAAGGACAGCCGGGGGCUGACCCCGCUCUACCACAGCGCCAUGGUCGGGGGGGACCCCUAUUGCUGCGAGCUGCUGCUGCACGACUACGCACGGCUGGGCUGCGUGGACGAGAACGGCUGGCAGGAGAUCCACCAGGCCUGUCGCUACGGCCACGUGCAGCACCUGGAGCAUCUCCUGUUCUACGGCGCGGACAUGACGGCACAGAACGCCUCAGGAAACACCGCCCUGCACAUCUGUGCCCUCUACAACCAGGAAAGCUGUGCCCGAGUUCUCCUCUUCCGAGGCGCCAGCAAGGACAUCCGGAAUUACAACAGCCAGACGGCAUUCCAGGUCGCCAUCAUUGCAGGGAAUUUCGAGCUGGCGGAAAUCAUCAAAACCCACAAAGAGUCCGAUGUUGUGCCUUUCCGAGAAACCCCCAGCUACACCAAGCGCCGCCGGCUGCUGGGCUCGGCCGCGUUGGCGUCGCCGCGGGUCCUGCAGCGCUCGGCCAGCGACAACAACCUCAAGGCCGAGAGCCGCGCCUCGUACUCGCCCGUGCCCUCGCUGCGGAGCCUCCCGCCCCAGCUGCUGGUGCAGAUGCAGGAAGCGGCCGCCGGAAUCGCGGCGGGAGACGGGAGCGUGGCCAGCCCGGGCGGUGGCCGCGGUGCCCACAGCCGCUCGCCAUCGCUGCAGCGCGUGCAGGAGGAGAGGGAGGGCGAGGCGCCGUCACUGAGGAGGAGCGGCCGAGGGAAGGGCAGCCCCGGCGCUGCCGGCGCUCCGCCCGCCGGCCCCGGUGCCGAGCCCGCUCCGCACGCCGCGCCCGCCCCGCUGCGCGGGCCCAAGCGCAAGCUGUACAGCGCCGUGCCCGGCCGCAAGUUCAUCGUGGUGAAGAGCUACGCGCCGCAGGGUGAUGGCGAGAUCCAGCUCAACCGCGGGGAGGCCGUCAAGGUGCUGAGCAUCGGCGAGGGCGGAUUUUGGGAAGGCUCCGUGAAGGGCAGGAGCGGCUGGUUCCCGGCGGAAUGCGUGGAGGAGGUGCAGAUGCGCCAGUACGACUCCAGGCAAGAAACCAGGGAGGACCGGACCAAGCGGCUUUUCCGGCACUACACCGUCGGCUCCUACGACAACUUCACCUCCCACAGUGACUACAUCAUCGAGGAGAAGACGGCCGUGCUGCAGAAACGGGAGCAUGAGGGCUUCGGCUUCGUGCUGCGAGGGGCCAAAGCCGAGACCCCGAUCGAGGAGUUCACGCCCACGCCGGCAUUCCCAGCGCUGCAGUACCUGGAGUCCGUGGAUGUGGAAGGAGUCGCCUGGAGAGCGGGAUUGCGCACGGGGGACUUUCUGAUCGAGGUGAACGGCGUGAACGUGGUGAAGGUGGGGCACAAGCAGGUGGUGGCGCUGAUCCGGCAGGGCGGGAAUCACCUCCUGAUGAAAGUCGUGUCCGUCAGCCGCAAACCCGAGGCCGAGGAGGGCGGCCGCAAGAAGGCUCCGCCGCCUCCCAAGAGAGCUCCCAGCACCACCCUCACGCUGCGCUCCAAAUCCAUGACGGCCGAGCUGGAGGAGCUGGAGAAGCUGGAUGAGAUCCUGGCGGCGGCGGAGCCGGCGCUGAGGGCGGAGCUGGUGGAGGCCGAUUCGAGAGCGGCGACGGUGAAACAGCGCCCGACGAGCCGGAGAAUCACCCCGGCAGAGAUCAGUUCCCUGUUUGAGCGCCAGGGAAUGGCGCAUUCCGGGGUCCUGGCGGGAACGGAGAAGCCCCACGUGUCCCUCCGGAAGGGAAUCCCACGGACCAAGUCUGUAGGGGAAGACGAGAAACUGGCCGCGUCCUUGCUGGACGGGAAGUUCCCGCGGAGCACCUCCAUGACGGACACGGUCCGGGAAGGCCACGGGAUCCCCCCUCCCCCCCAGACCGCCCCUCCCCCGCCCCCCUCCCCCUAUUACUUCGACACCGGCCCCCCUCCGUCCUUCUCGCCGCCGCCGCCGCCGGGCCGGGCCUACGACACCAUCCGCUCCAGCUUCAAGCCGGGCUUGGAAGCCAAACUCCACGGGCUGCCGCAGGUGCUGAGCGCGGCCGAGAUGUACGACCAGGCCCGGGGCUCCAUGCCCUACCCCGAGAGGCAGAAGAGAGCCCGCUCCAUGAUAAUCCUCCAGGAUUCCUCCCACCUCCCCGUGGAACCCACCGAGAUCCCGCGGCCCGGCCCGGCGGCGACGCCUCCGGAGAAGCUCAAGAGGAAGGGCAGGGUCAUCGACAACCCCUACGCCAACAUGGGCCAGUUCAACGUCAGCCUCUUCGCCCCCACCAAGCCGCAGAGGAAGAAGAGUCCCCUGGUCAAGCAGCUCCAGGUGGAGGAUGCCCAGGAACGGGCGGCCUUGGCCAUCACCGGCGGCUACUCCUCCCGGGAGCCGUCGCCCACGCGCCGGAGCCACCGCCUGGAAUACCAGCACCACCCCGGCAUCGCUCAGGUGGAAGCCGCCGGCCUCCCCUUCGCCACCGCCAUCGCCGCCGGCGUCAUGAAGGACCGGGACCGGCGGCUGGACGAGCGGAGGAAAUCCACGGUGUUCCUGUCGGUGGGAGCCAUCGAGGGGCCGGCGCCGGGCGGCAGCGAGAUGCCGUCGCUGCAGCAGUCGCGCUCCAUCGACGAGCGGCUCCUGGGCAGCCGGGACGUCCUCCUGCCGUCCCCCGUGUCAGCUUUAAAGCCAUUAAUCAGCAGCUCCUCCUCGACCUUCAUCCACCCCCUGACGGGAAAGCCCCUGGAUCCCAACUCGCCCCUGGCGCUGGCGCUGGCCGCAAGGGAACGGGCGCUGUCCACUCAAGUCCCAUCCCGGUCGCCCACCCCGAUCCACAGCCCCGACUCGGACAGAGCCGCGCCCCUGUUUGUGGACAUCCAAACCAAAGAACCGGACAGGGGGGACUUGGAGAGCUUGGUGUCCCCCGCCUACUCCCCCGGAGGGAAGGCGGUGAUGGCGGCCGACGCCGGCGCUCUGACCCCCACCAAGAGCCCCUGGGCGACUCCGACCACCCUGCGGAAGGAGCCCGAGGUGCGAGCGGAGCCGCCGGGCAAGGAGGAGAAGAAACCCGAGGACAAGAAGUCCAUGAUCAUCAGCAUCGUGGACACGUCGCAGCAGAAGACCGCCGGCCUCAUCAUGGUCCACGCCACCAGUAACGGUCAAGACGAGAUCGGCCUGGAGAUCAAAGAGGAGAGCCCGGCCGUGCCCGAGGUCUGCGCGGAGCCGGUCGAGUCCCCCAAGGCCGAGCCCCAGCCCAGCCCCGUGGGGAAGCCGCCGGCCAGCCCGGCCUCGGAGAAGGCGCUGGGCCAGGGCAGCUCGGAGGAGGAGGUGGAGCCCUACACGGUGACCCUCCCGCCGGCCCAGCUGUCCUCCAGCGACGAGGAGACCCGCGAGGAGUUGGCCAAGAUCGGGCUGGUGCCACCCCCGGAUGAAUUCGCCAACGGGGUGCUGGUGACCACCCCCGGCACCCCCGUGAGCCACCUGGCCGCGCCCAGCACGCCGUCCCUGCCAGCGGCAGCAGUAGCACCUUCUCCCCCCGGCGCGACACCCUCAGGGAAGCCCUCGGACACCCCCGCGGCCCCGGAGUCGGCGGCGGACUCGGGAGUGGAAGAGGUGGACACCAGGAGCUCCAGCGACCACCACCUGGAGACCACGAGCACCAUCUCCACGGUCUCCAGCAUGUCCACGCUGUCCUCGGAGAGCGGCGAGCCCACCGACACCUACACGUCCUUCGCCGACGGCCAAACUUUUCUACUCGAGAAGCCACCAGUGCCUCCAAAGCCCAAACUCAAGUCCCAGCUCAGCAAGGGGCCGGUUACUUUCAGGGACCCACUUUUGAAGCAGUCUUCGGACAGCGAGCUCAUCUCCCAGCACCACGCGGCCACGCUGGCGGCCACCAGCGCGGCCCGGCCACGCUACCUCUUUCAGAGAAGGUCCAAGCUAUGGGGCGACCCCAUGGAGAGCAGGCCCGGCCACGGGGCCGAAGAGGACAAACCAACUGUGAUCAGCGAGCUGAGCUCCCGCCUCCAGCAGCUCAACAAGGACACGCGCUCCUUGGGCGAGGAACCGGCCGGCUCCGCGCUGGAUCCCGGCAAGAAGUCGCCGGUGGUGGCCGCACGACUUUUCAGUAGUUUAGGCGAGCUCAGCACCAUUUCCCAGCGCAGCUCCGGCACCACGUUCACCGUGCGGCCCGGCAGCCGCUACCCCGUCACCCGCCGCACUCCCAGCCCCGUCAAACCCGCGGCGCUGGAGCGGCCCGAGCCCCUCAGCACCGUCCGGCCCUACGGCCUCACGCCCCCCACCAUCCUCAAAUCCUCCAGCCUCUCCAUCCCCCACGAACCCAAGGAAGUUCGCUUCGUGGUCCGCAGCGUCAGCGCCCGCAGCCGCUCGCCGUCGCCGUCGCCGUCGCCGUCGCCAGCGCUGCACACGCUGCACCCGCCCAGGCCCUUCAUGCAGAAGCCGCUGCACCUGUGGAACAAGUACGACGUGGGGGACUGGCUGGAGAGCAUCAACCUGGUGGAGCACCGGGAUAAGUUCGAGGACCACGAGAUCGAGGGCACGCACCUGCCCGCCCUGACCAAGGAGGACUUCGUGGAGUUGGGGGUGACCCGCGUGGGGCACCGCAUGAACAUCGAGCGGGCGCUCAAGCAGCUGGUGGACAGCUGAC